GGCGGACUCUCUAGGGUCGGUGCCGGAAGUGCCUCCCCAUUGGGUGAGCGGGCCGGAAGCGGAAGUGCGGAGGAUGGCGGGGGCUGUAGCUGCGGUGCUGGGGCUCUUGCUGCUGCUGGGGUCUGCGGGCGGCUCGACGGGCCCGCCCCGCGACAGCCUGCGGGAGGAGCUGCUGCUCAGCCCGCUGCCUUCCGGGGACCUCGCCGCCACCUUCCAGUUCCGCGCCCGCUGGGACUCGGAGCUGCACCGGGAGGGAGUCUCUCACUACAGGCUCUUCCCCAAGGCUCUGGGUCAGCUCAUCUCCAAGUUCUUGGUUCGAGAGCUGCACCUGUCCCUCACGCAGGGCUUCUGGCGAACACGGACCUGGGGACAACCCUACUUGCAAGCCCCAGCCGGGGCCGAGCUCUGGGUCUGGUUCCAGGACUCUGUCACUGAUGUUGAUAAAGCCUGGAAAGAACUUAGUAACAUCCUCUCAGGGAUAUUCUGUGCCUCUCUGAACUUCAUUGAUUCCACCAACACCGUCACUCCAACUGCAUCAUUCAAACCUCUGGGUUUGGCCAAUGUUACAGAUCACCAUCUCCUGAGAUAUGCCGUCUUGCCCCGGGAGGUCGUCUGUACUGAGAACCUCACGCCUUGGAAAAAGCUGCUGCCAUGUGGUUCAAAGGCUGGUCUUGCUGUGUUACUGAAGGCUGAACGUUUGUUCCACACCAGUUACCACUCCCAGGCAGUGCACAUCCGCCCCAUCUGCAGGGAUGCUUCGUGUCAGAGUGUCUCCUGGGAGCUUAGACAGACCCUCACCGUGGUCUUUGACACCUUCUCCAUUGGUCAAGGGAAGAGAGACUGGUCCCUUUUCAAGAUGUUCUCACGCACUGUCACUGAAGCUUGUCCUCUUGCGUCUGAGAGCAAAAUCUAUGUUGAUAUUUCCAGUAAGACCCAGGAGAACGAACUGCUGGAGGUGACCCCACUUCCACUGUCUAUGCAUGAAGCAUCUGUCCAAGGAGACAGGAGAACCUAUGCAGUCUACGACUUACUGAGCCCCUCGCUCUUUAAUGUGUCUCGCAGCCUCAACGUGCAGCUGAAAUGGAAACGGCCCCAGGACAGCUUGGAUCUGUCAACACCUGUGCUUCAUGCUCAGCGCUAUGUGAGUGGAUAUGGCCUGCAGACAGGAGAAAUCAGCACCCUGAUUUAUAACACCCACCCAUACCGGGCUUUCCCUGUGAUACUACUGGAGACCGUGCCCUGGUACCUGAGACUCUAUGUUCACACUUUGGUCAUCACCACCAAGGGAAAGGAAAACAAACCAAGUUAUAUCCACUACCAGCCGGCUCAGGACCGAAGGCGGCCCCAUCUGCUGGAAAUGCUGAUCCAGCUCCCAGCAAACUCUGUCACCAAGAUCACCAUCCAGUUCGAGAGAGCCUUACUGAAGUGGACAGAGUAUACCCCUGACCCCAAUCACGGCUUUUAUGUGAGUCCAUCUGUCCUGAGUGCCCUGGUGCCAAGUGUCAUAGCAAUGAAGGCAGAGGAUGCAGAGCAGAGUCCUCUCUUCACCUCGCUAUUUCCUUCUUCCGAUGGCUCCAGCUACUUUGUGCGUCUCUACACGGAGCCGCUGCUGGUGAACUUGCCAACGCCUGACUUCAGCAUGCCAUAUAACGUCAUCUGCCUGACCUGCACUGUGGUGGCCGUGUGCUAUGGCUCCUUCUACAACCUAUUGACCAGAACCUUCCAUGUGGAAGAGCCAAGCAGGGGAGGCCUGGCCAAGCGACUGGCCAACAUCAUCCGCAAAGUCAGAGGGGUUCCACCCCUCUGAGAGAAUCCAAUGCAGUGGGCAUGUAAUGUGGGCUUCAGUGGGAGGGCUACAGCCAGGACUUGCAGGGAGAUUGUGAGAGGACAGGAAAACAUUGCUGCCUUAUCUCCUGCCGCCUCAUGUACCUCUGUCUCUUGGAGCCCUUGAAGCCAAGAUGGCAGGGAUAACUUCCACCAGUUAAGAGGCUGCUGGGAAUUGUAGUCCCAAAGCUCCAUGAUCACAGGGAAGUGCAGAGCCAAGUGAUCAGGAAAGAUGUGUGAAAGUCUUGUUCUGGGGAGGGGUAAUUUAUGUUCUGUAAUGUAAAAAGGUACCAGAAAUAAAUUGGAGCUGUUUUGUA